AAAGUAUCUUGAAAGAUUUCGACUUAGUGACUUGGAAUUUAGUUGAGUUUGAAUUGUUGGCAAGUUUAAACGAUUUUCCGGUUAAGCGGACUUGAGAGUUGUUAGAGUGAUUGGAAAAACGACAUUCGAAAUGUUGAAUUUUCCAAAUAUUGAGAAAAUAUUAAAGAUGAAUAUAAAUUUUCGAAGACUUGCCAUCACUGGUGGAGUCCUGUUUAUUUUCGGAAUUCUUGUUGGUUGGAUUAUUUUUCCGAAGAUUUUGAAAUCUAUGAUCAAGAAACAAAUUAACUUGAAGCAAGGAUCUGACAUCAGGGAAAUGUGGACCAAAGUGCCAUUCCCACUGGAUUUUCUUAUCUAUGUUUUUAAUGUGACGAAUCCUGAAGAUGUGACAAUGGGACGAACACCAGUGGUUAAUGAAAUAGGACCUUAUUAUUUUGAAGAAUGGAAGGAUAAAUAUGAUCUAGAAGACGACGAAGAAGAGGACUCGAUAACGUAUCACAUGCGUAAUACAUUUAUCUUUCGUGCGGAUAAGUCUAAUGGAUUAACUGGUGAGGAAAUGAUAACGUUGCCGCAUCUUCUAGUGCAGGGUAUGUCGAUUGUUGUGAAGCGUGAGCGGGCACCCAUGCUGUCACUGGUCAGCAAAGCAAUAAAAGAAAUGUUCCCAAUCAAAAUGCCAUUCUUCACGGCACCAUUUCUUGAUAUAUUCUUUCGGGGAAUCCCCGUAGAUUGUUCAUCGCAAGAUUUUGCCGUGAAAGGAGUUUGCACCGCAUUCCAUACGGGUGAAGUGAAAGGAGCGAAACUGGUCAAUGAAACACACUUCGCUUUUUCAGUGUUUGGAGGAGCUAAUGCCAGCGAUGCCGGAAAAUUCACUGUACUACGUGGUCUAAAGAACAUUUCAGACUUGGGUCGUGUGAUUCGUUUCGAAGAUGAGCCAGAAUUGGAUAUAUGGAAUGGAGAUGACUGCAAUCAGUUUAUUGGCACCGAUUCAACCAUUUUUCCACCGUUUAUGGCUAAAGAGCAAGGACUGUGGGCUUUCGCAGCGGACCUUUGCAGAUCCUUUGGAGCCCUUUAUGAACGCAAGAGCAAAUACGCCGGCAUUCCAACAAUGCGGUAUAUUAUGAACCUUGGAGACAUUCGGGCUGAUGAAAAGCUGCAUUGCUUUUGUAACGAUCCCCCAGAUGGUUGUCCGCUAAAAGGAACUAUGGAUUUAUUCCCUUGCACGGGUGCACCUCUUAUGGCCUCCAUGCCGCACUUUUUCAAUGGAGAUGAACGUCUAUUUCGUGACGUUGUUGGAUUAAAUCCAAAUAAACACGACCACGAAGCUUUCAUCGAUUUCGAAUUGAUGACUGGUUCGCCAUUGAGUGCUGCAAAACGUCUACAAUUCAAUCUUGACAUGGAACCAGUGGGGGAGGUUGAAGUGAUGAAAAAUGUACCACGCUUGAUAAUGCCUCUGUUUUGGGUGCAGGAGGGUGUAUCGUUAAAUAAAACGUUCACAAAUCAAUUGAAGUACAGUUUGUUCUUAGGGUUGAAAAUAAAUUUCGUGUUUAAAUGGAUUUUUACAACAAUUGGAUUGAUUCUAUCUAUCGCUAGUGGAUACUUGUAUCAGAAGAAGUCCCAGACGGUAUCGAUAACUGAAGUGAUGAAGUCACCACCUCCAGUAACGAAAGAUGUCCAACAAAAUGGAAAGGCGUCAGCAAAAAGUCUGGAAAGUGUAUCUGAUAAGUUCUAGAAGUUCUUUGAGAAGUAGUUCCUUAUCUCAUUGUGUUAAAUUUUACUGUGGUAGAUGUAAAGUAUGUAUUAAAUGCUAAUAACGAUUAUAUACAUUUCGCUUUCCAGCGGAUAUUAUCCCUGUAAAA